CAGGAGUGGUGCAUGCAGAGCUCCCGGCCUCCAGUCUCUUGCCUGGCUCCUCACGCUGGAUCUGCGGCCCAGACCAUGAUCCAGGGCGCCUCAGAGGCUGACGGCCCCAGCUGGGGCUGGGACGGGGACGGGGACGACGACUGGGAUGGCGCCGUGCUGACCCUGCUGGCACUGGCUGUGGUGGCCGCCACCGCGCUGGCCUUGCACUGGUUUGGCUCUGGGCAGGACCAGGAGGCAGCAGGACCAGCGUCCACAGCCCCUCGGACCCAGACUUCUCAGGUGGGAGGAACUGGGCCAGCCCUGCCCCCAAAGUCCAAGGUCAGUGGUGGCAUCAAGGGGCCCAGCUCAGGGCAGGGGAAGUCAGAGCCUCCAGGAUGUGGCCAGGGGAGCCUGGCGGCAGCAGAGACACAAAAUCAGGAACUCCUGGGAGGUAGAGGUCUGGCUGCCACAGCCGCACCUCCACCCAACACACGUGGUGAGGUGACCAGUGGAGGGGCCUUGGGACAGCAGCAUGGUAAUGCCACCCCGGAAGCCCCCCGAGGAAAAGGAAGGGAGCCUCACAGGCCAGGUGCUGCCCUCCUGGGUAGGAGCAAAGCACAGGGGGCAUCUACACCCCUCCUGAUACACUUCACCCCUCAGAGUCCUGGCAGAGAAGUAGAGGUGCAGGUGAAGGCAGGAGGCAUCCGAGCCAAGUCACCAGCUCACCAGGCCCCAGUCCACACAGUGGAACAGGACACCAGGCCCUGGCAACAAGGUGUAGGGUCACCUGGCUCACUGGGGAGGGGCCCGGGCAGCUGGCGGUGGCAGGUGGGCCACAGCUCAGGAGGCAGAGCCUGCCUGGGCACUGUGGUGAGCGUGUGGGAUGCUGUGGAUGCAGCCGGUAGCCUCCCUGCAGGCUCCCAGGGGCUCCGUUUCCUCCGGGAGCUGCCCCCAUCACACACUGCACAGACUGGGCCCCUGAAGGAUGUCUUAGAGAGGGGGCGUGGGAAGAGCAGACCCCAGCCAGCCCCAGUCCUAGCUCUGGACUCAGAAGCCAAAGCUGGGCAGGGGACCACAGAGGCCUGCAACGUGGGAGAAGCUGGGGCUAAUGGCUCUGGAGACGACACUGUCUUCAGUUCAGGGCCUGGAGGGACAAACAAGCGAGGAGGCCACAGCAUCGAAGGGAGAAGAUCCCUGCAAGGUCAGCCCCAGCUGCAGCCCCUGCCCCCGCACCAGCCCCAGCUGCACGCCCUCCGAGCCAGCCCAGCCCAGCUCCGAGCCCGAGUCCACACGCCCUAG